AUGCAGGAAGAAGAUGAAUGGACCGAUGUGUCCGACGACAUUGCUGGACUCGGUUUAGACGGCCAUGGCAAGCCUGACGAUCAGAGCAACAAACCGCUUUCUGAGGAAGAGCUUGCGCUAUUACCCAACAUGCCCAUUCUCUUCAGCAAAGAUUUACCACCAUGCGGUCUACUGCCGCAACUUGCAUACGAAAACACCGUCCACCGUCUGCGCAAACUCUGGCUCGAGCGCGCCCACCAAGAAUCCGCGGACAUCCCCCUCCCCAGUCUCUGCCGCUUAGUCCUGGACGACUCCAAAGCCGAAGAAGAAGAGCUCCCAGCCGGUAGCCAGGCCGGAACCAAGAACCGCACUCCUUGGCGACGCGAGACGGUUUUCCAGUAUGAACUCCGCUGGGCCAAGUACUUCGUCCGGGAAGCCGAGACCGCGCAGAAGAGAGUCACGAUGACGGAGAAGCAGCUCGACAAGCAGGACUUCAUGGAUAAGAUGUACCCGAUACCUAAGGAGUUGAAGAUCUAUGUCAACAACAAGAAGAACCAGAAGAUGGUGUCGGAUAUGUGGAAAGAGUGGCAUCACAAGAAGAGAGGGACUGUGGAGCAGGAGAGUGCGGGGCUGGGUGUUGGAGGGGCGAAGGACGACGAUGCUGAAGCUGCUGGAGAUGAUGUGGAGGAUGGUGACGAGCAGGAUGGGCAGAGACAGUUUGUUGAUCCGACGGCUUAG